UGUUGAAUAUAUCGAAGAGCUGUUCGGCAAAGAGUUUCACGUCUAUCCGUCUGUUUUGCCGUAUUAUGUGGACAUGAAUUCACGAAUGAUUGUCACCCAUGGUAUUGAGAUUGAAGACCUGAUGGCACUUCCCAUUCCUCGCAAGUCAAAUAUGCAAGACUUGAAACUAGAAUCGUAUCAAUUCGUGGCCAAUGAAGAGAAUAUCGCUAUUGAAGAAUGCGAUAAGAAAUUAGUGAAAGAAUAUCUGAAGGUGUGUUCAUCUCUUUCCGAUAAAAUUAAACAAUUAAUUGAGACUAAAGACAAAAAAAUGAAUAAUAUUAGCGAUGAUUUGGUUAAUAAAUACUUAAAUGACAUGAAAGACAAUCAAAUUCUACUAAAAAUCUUGAACCAAGUCUUUAAGGGAUGUAUUGAUGAGAACCAGAAUAUUGACACCAAUAAAGUGAUCACUGAUUUGCAAAACAAUCCCGAAUAUGACUUAUCUCUCGAUUAUAUAAACGAAGUUUCAAAGAAUGAGCAUUUGAUCCGAUCUCUGGUCGAUAUUGUGAGCGAAUGUUUUAUCCCUAAGAAAGAGAUUAAAGUAUUGGAACUCAAUUUGACAAAUGGAUUGAUGGCUAAAGAAGUGGACACACAGUUGGCCUCAUCUCAUAUCUAUCCGAUUGAAGUUAACUACACUAUUGCUGUCAAAUCUAUUAGUACUUUGAAUGAUAACUAUAAGAAUCAAACGUUUAAACUGGUUGAAUGGAAUCCACAGAACAGUGUCUUUCCAAAUGAGAUCACUUCCUCUAAUUUGAUUCUACUUAAAGAUUCGCAUCAUUUGUGGGAAAUCGAUAUGACUUCUCAAUUACAAGAUAUUUUUGAUGUCAUUUCAGACAAAGGAUUUUUGAUCUCAGUUUUCAGAUACCAAUUGACAGAACCAGAGCUCGCAUUGAAUCAAAUGAAUGGCAAAAAAGCUCUGAAAAACGCGGACUUAGAGAAACGAAUCGUCGAUUUUAUAAAAGCCGCUCAAAGUGUGGGCUUUAAUGUUAUCGGAAAGAAAUUGGAUUCAAUCGGAUCCAUGGCUUUACUUUUUAGAAAAUUAUUCUCUGAACCUAAAGUACCAAAAAGUGAGAAUAUCGUUGAAAUCGCGAGUAAUCCCGAGAAAUGGUUCGAAACAUUGAAGCAAAAAAUAACAGAACAUAAGGACAAAGAGUCAAACGAUGAGACUCUUUGGCUCAUUGCAAACGACUCCUCCAAGAAUGGUAUCAUUGGUCUCAUUAAUUGUCUUCGUUUAGAGCCGGGAGGAGAGUGUCUGAGAUGUGUCUUCGAUUACGAUAACCUCAUCAAAGGUUCCGUGAAGUUCACUGAAAAGCCGUAUUCAGACAUUUUGUCCAACGAUUUGCCUAUAAAUGUGCUGAAGAACGGAAAAGUCGGUACUUAUAGACACUUCACGUUAAACAAAGAAUACGACAAAAUAGAGUCAAACGACUACUUCCUUAAUGUCGGCCAUAACAGAGAUUUAGCUUCUCUUCAAUGGUAUGACUCGAAGGGUUUGGUCACAAAUAAAGACGAUUACGAUUUCAUGAAUACAAAGACCAAUAAAAUUGCGUGUAAUAUAUAUAGCUCUGGAAUGAACUUCAGAGAUGUUAUGUUUGCCACAGGCCGAAUCGCUUCGGGACCACAAAUGCUAUUCACUGAUUGUUGUAUUGGUUUUGAGUUCGCCGGCCGUCGGGCCGACACUGGAGAGCGAGUUUGCGGUUUCGAUAUGAGUCGAUGUUAUGCCACUUCUAUUGACGCCAACGAAGACUUUAUCUCUAAAGUGCCCGACAACUGGUCGAUGGAUGAGGCGGUGUCUGUAUUGAGUACUUACAGUACUGUAUGGUAUGGUCUCAUAGAGAGAGCACAUAUGCAAAACGGCGAAUCAAUUUUGAUUCAUUCGGGAGCGGGAGGUGUGGGUCAGGCGGCGAUCAGUAUUUGUCAGUUCUAUGAAUGCGAUAUUUAUGUGACGAUUGGAACCGAAGAUAAGAAAAAGUUUUUGAUGAAUACCUAUAAUAUUCCGGAGAACAGAAUAUUCAGUUCGAGAAACACUCAGUUUAAGUACAAAAUCAAAGAGAUUACGAAAGGAAAGGGAGUC